GCUGCGGCCGCCCCCGGCCCCGGGCAGCCCCGCCGCCCGCCACACGUUCCCUGGCUGGAUGCGACACGGGGCGGGGAGGAGCCGCCCGGCUGCUGAGUGCGGGGGCUCUGCGCGCUCUUAAGGUGGCCCGAGAGCCCGACGGGAGCGGGACCGGAAUAGCCCAGGGUGUCCCCGGUGGGGCGGAGGAGGGGCGCGGCAGCGGCGGUGGGAGCUGCCUGGUGUGGGGGCGGCGUGCGGGGGCGGCUGCUGGAGAAUGCCCGCUCGGCCGUCAGGGUGAGAGAGCCGGGUGGAGGUUUAUACCGGGAGAUGAGAGCCUGUCACAUGAGGAUUCCCACUGCAGAGACGGGGGGCGGCGGCUGGAGACUGUGUGCUUUCCUGUGUGUCCGAGGCUAGGCCAGCAAACACGUUUCUCGACGAUUGUCCAACCUUUGAAACUUCGGAGCUCCCGGCAGGUGCGGUUGGCACUGGUGGAGAUAUCAGGUACACUGGCUUUCUUGUAGUUAGGAUCCUAAACGUCUAAUUGGUGAGUUUUAAACCACCAGUUUUGGCUUCUCGAUUGUGCAAGAUGCAUCAUUACACGCAUAGGUAUGUCAUUUACAUAGAACACACCAAGAAAUUAUUCAAGAUACACAACGUGAGGAGCCAGUAAAUUUUUACAUAUGUAUGUACAUAAUCACAGAAUCUGUGAGGUGGCAAAAGACCUCUGAGAGCAUCGAGUUGAACCUUUGACUGAAUGCCACCAUAGCAACUAGAGCAUGGCACUGAGUGCUACAUCCAGUCUUUCCUUAAACACUUACAGGGACAUAGGCAUCACUGCCUCCAUGGGCAGUCCAUUCCAGUGUCUAAUCACCAUUUUCUGUGAAGAAAUUCCUCCUGAAGUCCAACCUAAACCACCUUAGGCUAUGUCCUCCUGUCCUGUCACUUGUUACCUGGGAGAAGAGGCCAACCCCCACCCAGCUGCCCCCUCCUUUCAGGUGGUUGUAGAGUGAGAGGGUUACCUCUGGGCCUUUUCUACAGGCUAAACAACCCCUGUUCCCUCAGUCGUUCUUGUACUUGUGUGCAAGUACAUAAACUAAGAUUUUCCUGGCUAAGAAGGGUUUUUUUAAAAAAAAAACCCAAGCCAAACACCUAACCCUGCCCAGGGCAAAAACAUGUUAGGAUACCUGCAUGUUACAUAGGAUUCCUGAGAUGCCUGUUUAUUACUAGUUGCAAAUGGAAGGAACAGUCCUUCAGGCAGGAUGUAGAAGAGAAUUCCUUCACAAAUGCUGAGACUUUCAGUGUCCCAACUGCCAAAAACCAAAGCCACCUCCUACACCUUCCUGGAUGCAAGAAGCCCCAACUGCCCGCUACCCAUCUGUCAAAAUUUAUAGAUCUUAGACAAAUAUUAACAAUUCAGUCAUGCGCAAAGCCUGUGGCAUAUUGAAAAAAUUGUGAGAAGGAUAAAAUACAUUGAAUGCAAUGUAAAAAUAAGCUACUUGGUGACUGGUUUACUCUUUUUCCUGUGUCUCCAUCUGCUCUCCUCUGUCUAUUUAGCUUUGAAAGGGUUUGGGAUGUGUCUUUGUUCUCUGAAUGCUGAAUAUGAUGAUGGAUCACAAUCCGUUUAUCUCUCUGCAUUUCUGCCACACUGAUCCUUUGCCCUGCCUCCCUAGGGCACUUUUUGUGUUGGAUGGUAAUUUUUGCAUUUACAUUCUUACAAGCAGUGGAAGAAGCUUUUAAUUGUCUAUAAAAAGCAGGCAGUACUUCAGAUACUCAUGCGAGGAGAGGAUCCUGAAAACCAAAAGGAAAAAUAAGUAGGGAACACACAUCGGAUGCCUGGCACACGUCGAGUCCAACCACAGCUUUUUACCACCUCUGCAUUUGGCUACAGAUCAAACAACUUGCAGAUACCACCCUUCUGCCUCCCAGCACAAUGAUGCUCCUGCCUUGUAUCUCAGUAAAGAGUAGUCUGAGCACUGUAUGGACACAAAUCCUAGCUAGAGGGGGACUCGGGAACUUGGACUAGGAGUAGCAGACACCCAAAGACCACCUAGCCCAAAGAGAAGUCAAAAGAGAGGCAAAAGAAUAAGGGAGCUGAAGCUAAGCUGUUCACACAGGACUUGAGUGAGGCUGGGAGAAAUGAAAGAAUAGGACAGAGCUUUGCUAUGGCAGUGGGAGGAAAAGAGAUGGUUGUUGGCCCUUGGUAAUGAUCAAGAACACCAUAAUGGGGAUCUGUAGUGAGAUAAUGUGAAUAAUAUGGGGAAAAAGGCAGGAAACCCUCCUUGACAGAACAGGUAGUAGCAGAGGGUGGAAAGUUGUGACUAGAGCUGCUGGCAUAGUUGCAGAAGAAGGGGAUAGUGUGGGAGAAGGAGGACACAGAGAAUUCUGAGAGGAUGGAGGAUGAUGACUGACUUCCUGAAAUGAAGGCGUGGAACUAUGGCACAGGUUUUGACCUGUUGAAGGAAUGCAAGGAGUCAUUGCAGGUGCAAUGGUAAACUCAGCUCUGCAAAAGCAGCAAGUCUUAAAACACCCCCUCUGCUAUCUCAAUUUUCAUAUUACAGUUUCCAAAAGUAAAAAAAAUAUUUUCUCAGAAAAUGCCAUUUCCUCCUAGUAUAUGUGCUGUCCUCUACUUCAAGCCUUAUAGCAUUUGGAAGGAUUCAGAUGUGAAAGCACACACAAAAAGAUGAAAUGAUGAAAUAAAGGGCGACUUUCAGAUAACUGGGAUAGGGGCCCCGGGGGGCCUGUUUCGGUCAUGCUUUUCAGAUUGACACAUCAAAAUUAUCUGUCUACCACACUGGCUGCAGGUGUAUGGUAUACCAGGCAGCAGCUGCUCCUCCUCACACACACAUUUUAGAGUAUUCUUAUUUGGCAUACUUUACUGCACAGUCCCUUUAAUGUUAUAAUGAACUCCUGCCUUGGUCUGCGUCCCUUAGACUUCUAGUCAACAGGAGGCUCCUAGUUUUUGGCCUGCUGGGUCAGAGUGGGACAGCACUGAGUGUAAUUCACAGAGUCACAGAAUGAGUUAGGUUGGACGGGACCACAGUGGGUCAUCUGGUCCAUCUUCCUUCUUUUAGCAGGGUCCUCCCAGAGUGCAUUGUGCAGGAUUGCAUUCGGGUGGUUCUUGAGUAUCUCCAGUGAGGGAAACUCCACAACCUCUCUGGGCAGCCUUUUCCAGCUGACAGUCUGUAUAGUGCAGUUUACCUGCACAGUAAAGUUCUUCCCCAUUUUCAGGUGGACCUUUCUUUACAUCAGCUUCUGCCUCUUCAUCCUAGUAGUUGGCACCACUGAGAAAAGCCUCGUUGCAUCUUCUUUGGGAGGACCCCCACUUUAGAUAUUUAUACACAUUAAUGAGGUGAAUUAAUGGGGUUUCCUAUAUGGUUCUAGCUGGCUGUAACACAUAGGAGAGAUAGCAAUGAGACUUUUAACAGUAUUGUCGUAGAAACGCCUUUUAAAAUCUGGUGAUGUCUCUGCAAUAGGUUGUGGAUGCACACAAUGCUUGAGGGAAAGCUACUAGAGACGGCUGCAUUGUUUUGGGGUGGGAGUUGACUCGGAGCACUCAGGGCUGAAGCAGGGCACCACCACUGCAUGGCUGGUGUGAGCAGCGCGGGUCGGCAGACCCCGACCCAGGGUGGCCAUUUGUGAGCCUCCGUGCCGGGGCUAUGGCCGGCUGUCGCAGGGUUGACCCCGCAGCCGCUGCCCCCCGUUUAGAGCGGCGAAAGGCGGCUGCUGGCAGCGGCCCGGGGGCGAGGGCCCCACGGUCACCUCCGCGGUGAAUCGCGCCCCAGUGCGGGGAUGGGCUCGGCCAGUCCCGGCGGGCGGGCAGCUCCUCCCCACUGCCUGCCAGAGCGGGCAGGCAGCCACUGCUCCCCCGGCCCGGCGCCUCCUUAACCCGGGGAGGCGGGGGCGGCCGCGGCCGGGGGGAGCCGGGGGAGGCGGAGCGGCGGCCGGGGAGGAGCCGGGGCCUGCAGUAGAGCCGCAGCCCGGAGCAGCAGCCGCGGGAGCGGCGGGGCCUGGAGAGAGUCAGCGCCGCCCGGGCCGGGCCCCCCACACCGGAGCCCGGGGAACCCCCCGGGGAACGAAGCCGCGGCCCGGCGGAAGGCGGCGGAGGCGCCGCGCAGCCCCGCGCAGGCCCGUGAGCCGCCGCGGCCUCCCGUGGUAGCCGAGCCCGGGCAGGAGGAGCUGGGGCCUGGGGGGAAGCCAGGGACAGCGGCCGGGGUGGGGGGACACCCCCGUAGCCUGCCGGGGUGGGGAAGAGACCCUGCCCGCCGCCCCCCGCCCCGUCCGCAGCCCCGUUAGGCAGCCCCGCGCCCGGUGUGGGGACACCCCGGCGCCCCCCCCGCCAGGCCCCUUCCCCGCAGCUGGUGAGGGAGCUUAACACUUUCCCCCUUCCCCACUAACGAGCCAAGGGUGUGCGGAGGCCCCCGGCACCCAGCCCUAGUAACUAUCUAGAAGCAGGUCUGCUCUUUCUUGUUGUGGAACAGAGCCUUCUGGAGCUCCCUCGAUACUUGUUACGGGGAGAGGUGUCCUCAGACCCCAGUUCCUGAGGAUUGUGACAAUAACCUUUACUGCCGACUCCCUCCUGCUGCUGAGGAAAGUCUUCUCUCAAGCAGAGCGGACAGCCCUUCCCCAGACCAGGUAGUAGUGGGUGCCUUUACAGGGGAAUCCUGUACAAUCCUGUAUGCCCAGGAGAGGCAAUUCCCAAGACAGAAAUAAGCAGGAGCUCCAGAUACUUACCUAGUAAUUUUAAUUAUUUACAUCUGCUCAGCAGGUGAUAGAGCAAAACAAGGGAGAGAAAGCAGAGAGAGAUUUAGCUAGUUUUUUCCAGUUGCUGUUAACUGGAGUUAAAGGUAAUUUCCAAUACUGAUCUCAUCCUCCUUCAUCCCAAGGAAGAUCCCUCAUCCCCUAAUCCCAAGAGGGUUUUCUUCAAAUACCCCGUGCAAGGAGAGAAGACACACCUCCUAGUUACAGGGAGAGGAAAAAGCAGAUUUCAGUGAUCAUAUCCACAGAGAUAGCAAGAAUUGUUUUAGAGAAAGAGAUUUUUUUUUUCCCCUUACAGGCAAGGUGUACCUAGAGAAACAAGAUUUCUAGGCAGGCAGAUUGGGGAAAUUGAUUUCUGAAAUAAUCUGACCAUCAGUGAAAAGGCUGUUUCCCGGGGAACACCCCUUCAGUAGUUAGCUGCCAAAAGGGAGAGAGGAUCUCCAUCCCAGGAUAAAACCAGCAGUUUUAGGGGACUGACAAUCCAAACCAGAUUGUUUUAAUACUCAAGAUCCUGAUUUCAUCCACGAUCCUUCUGCCCUCGAAAUAUUUUUUGAAGAAUCCAUUGGAAUAGCUGACAGCGACCGUCUGAGUAUGGGUCUCAGAGAAGGAGUGUGAAGGGCAGCACCCCAACAACCAGCACUGAAGAUAAUCCACCUCCCUCCAGAAAAUCUUCCAGACAGAAUAUUCCUGCUUCCAGCACCAUGGCCUCUGACCUGGAAAGCAGCCUCACUUCCAUAGACUGGCUCCCACAGCUUACUUUAAGGGCUACUAUUGAAAAAUUAGGGGGUUCCUCACAAGCAGGACCUCCAGGCUCUGCCCGAAAGUGUCCCCCAGGCUCACCAACAGAUCCCAAUGCCACACUGAGUAAGGAUGAAGCAGCAGUGCACCAAGAUGGGAAGCCACGUUACAGCUAUGCCACUUUGAUCACAUAUGCCAUCAACUCAUCACCUGCCAAGAAGAUGACACUUAGUGAGAUCUACCGUUGGAUCUGCGACAACUUUCCCUACUACAAAAAUGCUGGUAUUGGUUGGAAGAAUUCUAUUCGUCAUAACCUCUCUCUGAAUAAAUGUUUUCGAAAGGUGCCUCGACCAAGAGAUGAUCCUGGAAAGGGCUCUUAUUGGACAAUAGAUACAUGUCCAGAUAUAUCUCGCAAGAGGCGGCAUCCUCCAGAUGAUGACAUACCACAAGACUCCCCAGAGCAAGAGGCAAGUAAAAGCCCCCGAGGGGCUGUUCCAGUCAGCACAGAAGCUUCUUUGCCACCUGAGGCCACCCCUCAGAUGUCGAUCCAGAGCACUACCCCCAUUGCUAACUACAGUCAGGGUGCAGGGCCUGUGGAUGUUGCCUCUACUGUAGCAGGGGGGCAGGGCCGUGAAGGGGCCGAUGUGCCACCUCCGCUGUACAGUGCCAACCAUGACUUCAAGUUCUCCUACUCCGAGAUCAACUUCCAGGAUCUUAGCUGGUCCUUCCGAAAUCUCUACAAAUCCAUGCUGGAGAAAUCAUCUUCCUCUCAGCACGGUUUCUCUUCACUCCUUGGUGACAUGCAGCCCUCCAACCACAAUUACUACAUGUACCAGCAGCAGCAGCAGCAAGGCCCCUCCUCAGUAGGUGCUGCUCCCCCACUCCACACUCCAACCCCAGAGGGCUGCCCAUCCCAAGGAGGAAAGCAGCAGGGUGGUGAAGGUUAUGGCCCUCCACCAGUGAUGUCCAUGCACCCACCCCCGAUGCAGCAUGGAGGUUACCACCAGCAUCAACAACAUCACCCACACUCCCACCCACAGCAGCAGCCACACCAGCAGCAGCAGCAGUCACAGGCUUCAAUCAACAAUGCUGGCUUUGCAUUUCCCCCUGAUUGGUGCUCCAACAUUGAUUCCCUGAAGGAAAGCUUCAAGAUGGUAAACCGGCUGAACUGGUCUAGUAUUGAGCACUCUCAAUUCUCAGAGCUCAUGGAGAGUUUGCGCCAGGCUGAGCGGAAGAACUGGACGCUGGAUCAACACCAUAUUGCCAACCUCUGUGACUCCCUUAAUCACUUCCUUACCCAGACUGGUCAGCUGCCUCAUCUGGUUGGCCCACAGCAGCCCCCUCGAAUCUCUGAUUCUUGUGCCCUGAACAGUGGCAAACAGGAGCAAUCCAUGAACCAAGUGAACUCCUAUGGUCAGCCCCAGCCUCCCCAUCUCUUCUCCGGGCCAUCUCCUAUGUACCAGAUUUCUACCCAGGACUCUCCUGGAUAUAAUCGCCCAGCUCAUCAUCUGGUCCCUCGGCCUCCAGGACCUCCUCCAGGCGCCAAUGAGGAAAUCCCCGAUGAUUUUGACUGGGACUUAAUCACCUAGCGAGUUACAGACUUGAUAGUCCGUCCUUUAUGAAGGACGUGAGAGGGGAGGGGGACAUGGGGUCAAUGGUGUCAGCACCACCCUCCCCAGCCUCCCUGCCUUGCCUGUAUAUAGAUAUAUAUUCUCUAUCUCCGCCAGAGAAGCCACCGCAAGAUGCUGCCGAAGAUAAUCCUUCCUUGCGUCCUGUUUUAUCUUCUUUUCUUCUUUUGUUUAUUAUUAUUAUUGUUAUUAUUAUUAUUAUUACCAAUAAUUGAGCACAGCCCUCCCCCUCCUCCGGUGGCCUCAGACGCAUCGGAUCGGCUCUUUCAUGUUGCGCAGUGCCCUGUGGAGGGCGGGAAGAUGGGUCCUUGGUGCCAUGAAAAGACCUUGGAAGGUUGAAUCCUCGAGUGCAUCUUUCUCUGCCUCCGUUAUUUUGCGUUUAACAAUCCCUCUUUCCCUUCAAGGUGGCCGGUGAAUCUGUCGUAUUGGCUACUGGAGUGAGAGAGCUAGUGGACCCUGGGAGCCUGUAGUUAUGUUGUUUCGUAAAUGUUGUAAAGGUCAGGGGGCUGAAGGGGCACUGGAGGGGUGAUCUUAGCUCUGUUAACUUUGUUGCACCAGCAGGAACAGCAAGAAAAGAAGUGGUGUUCCCAAGUACAGAGAGAUGGUAAUCCCUGAGGUAGGGAGAGCUGAGCUGAGCUGGGAGGGCAGACCUGAGUUUGGAGAAAGGAGAAUGUAGCAGAGAUGGUAUUUCAGCUGAGAAGUUGGGUUUCAGAAUGUGGUGCCAUCUGUGAAGACUGAGAGAUUUUGAGGGAAUCCUGACCCAUUUCCUACACUGCCUUUUGCAGUCUCUAGGUGAAGCCUACAUACCCAUCAGGUAAAGAAGCAGUCAGGGGUGUCAUGCGUGAUUGAGCAAAUUCUGUUCCCCAGAGCUUUUAAUUUCACCCCACACCCCUUCAAGCCCUUUUUCAAAAUAUGUAGUGAGGCUCUCCCUUUUAUAUGCAAAUUUGGAAGUUUUCUCCCAUCAGUAUUUGUCCAAUUGUUAUUUGGUCCUCCACCCCUCAUAUUUCUUUGGAGGCUGUCUUUGCCUAUGGUUGAGAGUGCCAGCAACAGGAGUCUGGCUAUGUAGGUGCACGUCCUCCAUCAGUGGUUCCCACUUGGUGAAUGGGCUCGUGGUGGGCAGAGGAAGCUGCUGUGCAGAGUGGGGCUGAACUGGGGGGCUGCUGGUCAAGGGCUUUACCCUCUGGUCAGGGACCAAGAGGCCCUUGGAAGCAGUUUUUGUAAGAGGGGCAUGAGGGGAGAGAGGAAGCAGGGCAGGGUUUUGAACCAACCAGCCAAAGAGUGUAGUAUGAAAGGGAGGAGGGUGUCUCAGACCCCUUGCAUUUCAGCUGGGGAGAUGAUGUAACCUAGUGUAAAUCCUGAAGGAUGAACUUUGUCAGCACGUGCAAAUCAGGAAGGUGGAAAAGGUGCAGGAACGGGAGUGAGCAUUGAGAUGCUUCCUCCCCCAAGUUGUGUCCUGUGUUCCCCUUCAUUUCUCAUAGGACUCUGUUCUGUCAAACAUCUUGUUUCUUCUUAAUAUUUUGUAAAGCCUCCCCCAGCCCUUAUUCCGUAUUUACCAGUGAAGGGAAUAAAUGUGGAAAGAGACUAUCAUGGCUGCUUGACAGACCUAGAGCACAGGAGUAAAGUAAUAAACUGUAUUCUGACUGCAGGAAGGUGGAGAACUAGCACUGCUUUUUAAAUUUGCUGUAGGGAUAAACAAAUUGGAAAUUGGAUUGUUGCCAGGGAAGUGGACAGUGUCUCAUUGCAUUGGAAGGGGAGAACAGCACUUUUUUUUCUUUUUUUUUCCUUUUUUUAAUUUUUUUUGUUGGGUGUUUUUUGGUUUUUUUUUUUUUUUUGUUUUGGUUUUUUUUGUUUUGUUUUUGUUUUGUUUUAAAUGUGUGUUUGGGGGGGCGUUCAUCAUUGAACAUUUCCAAGAGAAAUGAGGAAUCCCAGACAGCUUCAACAUGGAGUCAGCUGUUAUCUCUGCUGCCUCAGGAUGGGAAUGAUACAGAUUUGGAAGCAUGUGUGAUAGGUUUCUGUGGAAAGUGGCACUGGAGACAACAAUGAGAGACAACUUACGGCAGGUGCCAGUUAGUGUUUUGCAGUGGACAUUACUGAGAGCUGGCCCCGUGGAAGUCUGAAAACACCACCGGAAGAAAAAACAAACCAAGAUGGCUCCUUCUGCGUAUCCAAGUGCUCCUCAUUUGCAUAUUUGCCUCAUUUGCGUAUUAAGUUGUGCCUCAUUUGCAUAUGUAAAUACAUGCCGGUCAGUGUGCAAAUUAGCCUCGUUCCUCUGCCCCUGAAAUCAAUGUGUGGUGUUAGUGAGUGGUAAGACAUCGAUGGGUGGGUGUGGAGCUCUGCGGGUGCACUGGCACCGGCCUGCAGGCAGGGCAGGGGGGCCAGCCUGGCCCACAGAGGGGUCUUGCAGGCCCCUCCAGCCUGAUGUGGCCCCAAUGCCUCGUGUCAGUGGUCAGGGAGAGAGGGGCGUGGUCUCACGAGUUUAUUUUUGUGCAUGCUUUCUUAAUAAAAAGAAAAAGUGAAUGUUUAUGGUUUAA